AUGCUAAGGCCCCUUGCUUUACGCGCUGUUAAAGCUUUGGAAAGAUUAUAUGGGACAGAAUAUCAAGUUGGUUCUGGAGCUGAUCUUUUAUACGAAGCUUCUGGUUCAUCCCAUGAUUAUGCCAAAGGUGUUCUAAAUAUUCCAUUUUCUUUUCUUGUCGAAUUGAGGCCUCAAAACACCCUUCACAGUACCGGCUUUUUAUUACCCGAAGCAGAAAUUAUGGACACCGCUGACGAAACUUGGGAGGCAAUUAAAAUAGUGGCCGAUAAAAUGUUGGAAAGAUAUGCACCUCUCCCGCCUAUUGAAACAAGUAGAGGAAGGAAUUUAAUGGGAAUUACUUCCUCAACUGAAAUUGAAGGAAAUGAGCAUUGUAGUACAUCUACAACAACACCAACAACCCCUACAACUCCAACAUCAAUUAAAACUUCUUCGAAUACUUCAACAUCUAAAACAACAAUAAAAACAACUCGUAGGUUAGAAAAAAAUUAA